AUUGUGGCCGGUGUCGUACAUUUUGCAGACUCACCAUGGCGUUGAAAGAGACCGCGGGGCUGUAUGAGACUCUUAAAGCUGAGUGGAACAAGAAAAACCCGAACCUGAAUAAAUGCGGAGAACACCUGAGCAAGUUAAAGGUUUCCCUGUUGGAAUUGAACUUUUUACCGACUAGUGGAUCGGCGAUCACCAAGCAGCAGCUUAUUUUAGCGCGCGAUGUCCUCGAGAUCGGAGCCCUGUGGAGCAUCCUCAAGAAAGACAUCCCAUCUUUUGAGAGAUACAUGGCUCAGCUAAAAUGUUACUACUUCGAUUACAAAGAAGAACUACCUGACGCUGCCUACAUGCACCAGCUGCUGGGACUAAACCUGCUCUUCCUGCUCUCUCAGAACCGCGUGUCUGAGUUUCACACGGAGCUCGAGAGACUGAGUGCAAGAGAUAUUCAGACCAACGUCUACAUCAAGCAUCCUGUCUCUCUAGAACAGUACCUGAUGGAGGGAAGCUACAACAAGGUAUUUCUCGCCAAAGGAAACAUCCCUGCUGAGAGUUACACCUUUUUCAUAGACAUUCUGCUGGACACCAUCCGUGAUGAGAUUGCGGGCUGCAUAGAAAAGGCCUACGAGCAGAUCCAGUUCAGUGAAGCGACCCGAGUGCUUUUCUUCAACUCUCCCAAAAAGAUGACAGAAUAUGCCAAGAAGAGAGGCUGGACUCAGAAACCAGACGGCUAUUACACUUUCACCAGUCAGCACCAGCGGACAGAGGAAGUGACCAUCCCGUCCACAGAGCUGGCACAGCAGGUCAUCGAAUACGCACGACACCUGGAAAUGAUUGUGUAAUCCGCCCCCAGGAGAACCGCGCCAUGCACAGGCGCGCUCGGAUAAACGCGCCACUGGUCCAGUUUACAUCCAGGCAGCUCAGACUCGCACAGGGGUGUAACAUUAGAGUUCAUUUAUUCCCACAGGAUUGGUCCUUAAAAGUAUCUGGUAUGUCAUUGGAAAUCAAAACUGAAAAUAUAACAGUGUAAUCUUUGGUCCGAUUUUUACUGAAGCCAGUAUUUAUCCUCAGAAAAUAAGAGUUUUGGCCCCAGCUGCAACAUAAAAAAAAUACUUUGGACUUUUUUUUUUUUUUUUUUUUUUACAGCUACUUGAAGCUUGAUUAAAGCCGUUAUCCUGAGGCUCACUGUGUCAGUCGGCACAAUUCAGCAUGGUUGUUUUCCUCGUUGAUUUUCUUCAGUACCUACAGAAAUGUACCGCCCUUCUUUGUGGCCACAACUGAAAGAAAUGCCAUUAAAGUUUGUUUCCUAAGCCACGAUGUCACUUCCUGGAUGAUUUAUAUCAUGACAUAAUUGUUUGUUUGCAAUAAACUGUUCAGAAAAUUAUCGUAA